AAACGUUUGUUUGUGGACCGCCAUGAUAGCAUAGAAGAAGAAUAAGGUUCUUUCUUUCAGGCGUCGUGAGGCCAGCUAGCGAUUAGCAAUGGAUACAAAAAUAUCUGGGAAGAGUUUUCGCGUGAGCGACGGAGACUGGAUUUGCCCUGAUAAGAAGUGUGGAAAUGUGAACUUUGCAAGAAGAACGAGCUGUAAUAGAUGUGGCAGUGAAAAGACAACGGAGGCAAAGAUGAUGAAAGCAGGAGGGACAGAGAUUGGCAAGACCCUGGCUGAGAAGAGUCGGGGCCUCUUUAGUGCAAACGAUUGGCAGUGUAAAACCUGCGGCAAUGUGAACUGGGCCAGGAGGUCUGAGUGCAACAUGUGUAACACACCUAAAUAUGCCAAGCUCGAGGAGAGAACAGGAUAUGGUGGAGGAUUCAAUGAGAGGGAGAAUGUGGAGUACAUUGACCGAGAGGAAUCUGAUGGAGAAUACGACGAGUUUGGGAGGAAAAAAAAAAAGUACCGUGGGAAACCUGGUAGCAGGUCUUCCUCGAAGGAGAGUGAAAAGAAGGCGGAACCAGUGAAACCAGAAGAGGAGGAGGAGGAGGAUGACGACGAAGAGGAAGGAGACCUUUCAAAAUACAAACUAGAUGAUGAGGAUGACGACGACGAUGAUGAUGCGGACUUGUCAAAGUACGAUCUGGAUGCCAGUGGUGAUGAGGGGGAGAAGGACAAGCCAGUCGCAAUAAAGGAUAGCACCCCAGGGUCUUCCCAAUCCUCCUCGGGCUCCUCCAGCUCUCGGUCCAGGUCCAGAUCCCAAUCUAGAAGCUCAUCCAGUUCCAGAUCUCGCUCCAGUUCCCAAGAGCGAGGCCGGUCUCGCAGGUCCAACUCCAGCUCCAGGUCUGGAAAGGCCUCUUCUCCCAGGAAGAGGACUCGCUCGCCCUCCUCCUCACCAGAGAGAGAAAAGAAGCGUAGUCGCUCCAGGUCCUCAUCUGGAGAGAGGAAAAAAAGGCGCUCUAGAUCACGAUCGUCCGAAAGGUUUGGGUUUCUGUGGAAUACCGCAAAUGGUGUACUGAAUAUUAGCCUUGCCAUCUACUACCCUUUUCACUACGAGAGUCAAGAUUUUGAUGUGACUUACUACAGUACCUUAUCUUAAUGCUGUAAUAUCAGGUGCAUGUGUUGAAUUUAAGCCUUAGUUAGAGGGUCGUGCCUGUCCACCCUACUCACCUCUCUGGUAUUUUGUUUCGUUUCAGGCGCCGUGGCCAGUCCUCUGGAUCUUCCCAUUCUGGCUCAAGUUCAAAACAGAAAUAAGUUUAAAGCAACCCGUAAAACGGGAAAAAGGAAUCUUAAUGCCAGUGAAUGAUGUUUAAAAAAAAGAAAGAAACAGGACAGAUCCGUUCAUUAUGCUGUUCAUUUUACCAGAGCUUUGCAGUACACAACAAAUAUUUUCCUUAAAAAAAGAAAAUAGUGACAUGUCUCUUUUUACCAUUCAUUACAUGCUGCCUUUUUAGAGCUCACUAAGCUCCCUGUCUGUAUCAACGUGUGUAACUUUAGGUGUUCAAUAGGCUUAUGGUGUCUGGUCCUUUUUGUUGUUGUUGUCGAAACAGAAUAAUAUUGUGAAGAGGCAACAUCCAAUUUUAAUCCAAACUGCACAAUAUCAUGGCAGGAAACAUUUUAAUCCAGUCAUUGUUAGGUUUUGAGAAAUGAAAAUAGCAUAGAAUGAACUUUCAUUUUUUACCAAGGAUGUUUUACAGAUGUUGGUCUUAACCCCUGAUUUUCAGUGAUUCGGGAACAUUCUUGUGUGUGUGUGUGUGAAAUUGUAUAAGUGAGGCAAAAAUGACCAACUCGGGUCUGUAAAACCAUCUUGAAAUAUCUAUUGUGUUCACCAAUAAGCUUGCUAAACUAAUUUGAUGUCCUGUUAAGUCUUUUCUAUGUUUUGAGGUAAAGUGAAGGUAAGUAUUUUUCUUUACUUUCUGAUAUUUCUUGUUUUAAAUAAGUGCAAGGUAUUCCAAUGGUGUUUUAGGCUUAAGAAAUAACCCUAAAUGAUGUGGUACUGACAGUUGUUAGGACACCAAUGACAGUUGAGGUAAAACUAAGUAUAUGUCUUACAGUAAUUCAUGUUUAGAGCCUAUAAAAUCACUACUCAACUUUGGUAAGUGUGUAUGUGAAACUCAACAGGAUUUCAUGAAAUUACUUUUUCUAUUGUGAAAGCUAAAAUCUUUUUGCUUUGUUUCUCUGCUCUGUUGUAUACUCAAACAGUUCAUGAUUACUGUGCAGUAAGGAUUAAUUUAAAAACAUAUUUUUUUCUCUUCAAAAUGACAGUAUCAAUAGAAUGUGUUAAGAUCUCGAUCUCUAAAAAUAAACAAAUGUAAGCAGCAUGAAUAAAAUCCCGUCAAUCAUU